GGCUAAAAUAGGGAAUAUAAGUAAGAUCUAAAACCUUGAUUGAAGGGUUUAAGAUAUUUCAUCAAUACAAUUUCUUGAAUUCUUCAAUCCUCCAUUUCUAAAUCCAAUACAUAAAAAUGGUGAGAGGGACUCUCCUUCGCACCUUACUCUCCACCGCCAGGAAAACCACCACCACCUCCACCAAGCCCUACUUUAAUCCUCACAUCUUCCCUCUCCCCCGGACAUUUUCAUCUUCGGCCGCCGCCGCCUCCGCCUCCGCCUCCGCCGCCGGGAACUACAACUCGUCAUUAGAUCCUUCACGGCUUCGAAACGUAGCAGUGAUUGCGCACGUUGACCAUGGAAAAACAACUCUUAUGGAUCGACUUCUUCGUCAGUGUGGUGCCGAUAUCCCUCAUGAACGCGCCAUGGAUUCCAUCUCCCUUGAACGUGAACGGGGAAUUACUAUCGCGUCUAAGGUUACAUCUGUUUCAUGGAAGGAGAAUGAAUUGAACAUGGUUGAUACUCCUGGACAUGCAGACUUCGGUGGGGAGGUUGAGCGAGUUGUUGGCAUGGUUGAGGGUGCAAUUUUAGUUGUAGAUGCUGGUGAAGGUCCGCUUGCCCAAACAAAGUUUGUUUUGGCGAAGGCGUUGAAGUAUGGGUUGCGUCCUAUUCUACUCUUGAACAAGGUGGAUAAACCUUCAGUGUCGGAAGAGAGAUGUGAUGAAGUGGAAAGCCUGGUGUUUGAUCUUUUUGCGAAUCUUGGUGCUACAGAGGAACAAUUGGAUUUUCCAGUUCUUUAUGCCUCUGCUAAAGAAGGAUGGGCAUCAUCAGAAUACACCAAGAGUCCACCUGAAGAAGCUAAGAAUAUGUCAGAUUUGCUUGAUACCAUAGUCAGACAUGUUCCUCAACCAGCAGCUAGCCUUGAUUCUCCUUUCCAGAUGUUGGUCUCGAUGAUGGAAAAAGACUCCUUUAUUGGGAGGAUAUUGACUGGCCGUAUUUCUUCUGGUAUAGUUCGUGUUGGCGACAAGGUGCAUGGACUGCGUAGCACUGAUACAGGAGUUCAAAAAAUUGAAGAAGGAAAGGUUGUUAAAUUGAUGAAAAAAAAGGGUACAGGCAUGGUUUCUGUUGAUUGUGCUGGUGCUGGUGACAUCGUUUGUAUUGCUGGAUUGGCAAGUCCGUCAAUAGGUCAUACUGUUGCGAAUACCCAGGUCUUGAGUGCACUUCCGACUGUCGAGUUGGACCCUCCAACUAUUUCAAUGACUUUUAGUGUGAACGACUCUCCAUUGGCCGGAAAAGAUGGAAUUCAUUUGACUGGUGGAAAAAUUGGUGAACGAUUGAUGGCGGAGGCAGAAACAAACCUUGCAAUAAAUGUUAUUCCUGGUUUAUCAGAUUCGUUUGAAGUACAGGGAAGGGGAGAGCUCCAACUGGGUAUCUUAAUUGAGAAUAUGAGGCGUGAAGGUUUUGAGUUAUCCGUCUCACCACCUCGAGUCAUGUAUAAAAGUGAAAAUGGACAAAAACUUGAACCCUUGGAAGAAGUAACCAUCGAGGUCAAUGAAGAGCAUGUGGGUUCUGUCAUGGAAGCCUUGUCUCACAGGCGAGGUGAAAUUGUAGACAUGGGACCUGUGCCUGGUCAUGCUGGGAGGACAAGAUUGUUAAUGACAUGUCCAUCAAGGGGAUUGGUUGGUUAUAGAAGUGUAUUCUUUAGUGUCACACGAGGAACUGGAUUCAUGCACAGGGCGUUUCAGGCAUAUGGAAAGCACCGAGGUCCGUUGGGGAAUGUUAGGAAAGGAGUACUGGUUUCCAUGGGAUUUGGAACUAUAACAGCUCAUGCUUUGAUGAGUCUAGAAGCACGUGGGAUCCUCUUUGUAACUCCUGGGAUGGAGACAUAUGAUGGCAUGAUCGUUGGAGAACAUUCUCGUGACUGUGAUCUUGAUAUAAAUCCUGUUCGAAGUAAGGAGCUCACUAAUGUGCGGGCUGCUUCCAAAGAUGAAAAUGUGAAGCUGUCUCCUCCUCGCAUUAUAUCUCUUGAAGAAGCGAUUGGUUAUGUGCAGUCUGAUGAAUUGAUUGAGGUUACCCCUAAAACUAUCCGAUUAAGGAAAAGAUAUCUUGACGUAAACAAACGCAAAGCAAUGAGCAAAAAGCCGAAAGAAUAAUGGAAAAUUGUCAAGUGUCAAUACAUGAUUAUCAGGGAUACGAGACUUUGAGCCUUGGGAUAAAUUAUCUCACUUAUUUUACUUUGAGUGGGCAAGACGCCUCGCCUCGGAUGGCCAAUCAACAGAGGUGAAGGAGAGCAACCGGUAUAAGCCCAUUGACAGAAGCUUUUGAUACUUCAUGUAAUAUUUCGUGCAUAGCACGUCUAAUUUUGAUGAUACAUUUAUUUUAGAUUUCGAUUCAUAUCAGAAAAAUGUUCACCUCUUGUAUCAAAUCAUAUAAUUUUUGGAAAUAGAUAUACUAUUGGAAGAUAUGUAUACGUAUAAAACCCAUAUAAAAGGUGCAAAAAUGUUUUUAGAAUCGUGGACAUUACUCUAACAACAAUAUGGUAAGAUGUAGUGGAAUGGCGGUAUGAUGCAUGACCCAUUUGAACUUAUUUUGAAGGCAUCAUCUUUUUCUGAUUUAA